CGACUCACAAAAACGGCCGAACGAGAGGGAAAAAAUAGAACGAAGUACAGUACGGAAAAAAGUAAUGCUAUUUAGCGUUAGCCAUUCAUUAAAGAAGGCAUUUGCCCUUGCCGCAACGACAUCUUCAUGGGGCAACCUUUCGGAGUUUGUGUCCACCACUCGAAGUAUCAGCACGACUGCCGUUCAUAGUACUGGUAGCAGCGUAGGUGAUACUUCCGUUAUAGAAAACAAGAAAGCGACAGCGAAGAACUUACUAUUUGAUGUGCCAGUGUCGAACAACGGUGGCCGUUGUCGCAUCAUUCUGUAAGUUGAUUCAUCUGGAGCUACUGAUAAAAUGGAGGUCGUUUCUAUUCAAUACCACCAUACCGAAGAGCUCAGUUUCGUUUGUUGGUUCCUGCUAAACUGAAAAACAAAUGUAUGUGAUAAUUUUUAUCUCCUCUCCGAUUGAACCAAAUAAUGAAUGUAUGGUAAAUCCGAACAAAAUACGCCUUCUCGAUCGCAUGGCGAUGACACUUACAACAACAAAAUCAGUUACAAGAAAAAAAUUCCAGAGUCAGAAUGCAGUGUUGUGACACCUAUGGAACUAGGUGGUUUCAAAUCGGAGGAAUACCUUGCGAUCAAUCCCCAGGGGAAAGUCCCAUCACUCAAGUGCCAAAUCACCGGAAGAUGCUUCGCGGAGAGCGAUACGGUCUGCAGAUAUCUACUAUCGACCUACUCCGACCUCGGACCUAGCUUUCAGCCGGAGAAUCCAUUGAGCAACGAAAUUGCCCGUUUCCAUGAUAUGUACCUGACGACGAUCCAGUCUUGCCUGUACCGAGCCGCCCCGCCCUUCGGGCCCUUUUGGACUCGGAAGGAUGCACUAAAUGAAUACUCCAAACAACUWUACGUCAUUUCCGAUCUCAUGAGUGAGCAAGGCCCAUACUUGUGUGGAGAGCAAGUUUCGUUGGCUGAUGCUACCGUAUUUCCCUCGAUCGUCUUUUCCUCUUUCAUGUUUCCGAAAUUUGACAACCAAGGAUUGUUUCUCGAUGGCGAUCAGCAGCGGUCACCAAUACCAAAAAAGAUCGAGGAUUGGUAUCAGCGCAUGAUCGACACGGAUGCUGCAUUUAAGAAGACCUACGAUGAGGUAAGUUGGUGACUUAUCGGUUGGAAUUACUCUAAUGCACUACAUUGGUGUAUGAACCUUGAAGGCAGACAUACUAGUUGUCAUUGAAACCACUGCUAACCAGAAAAACUCAACGCAAAUCGAUCCGCAGAUCACUGAUGCUCUUGCGAAGUGGGAUGCAGGUGGC